CACUUCACUGUAAGAUUGUGACUAAAAUUCUUUACUUCUAUUAUUUUGUUCUCUAUGUUGGCACCGUUUGGCAGUGUUGUGGUUAAGUGAUGUUGACUGUGAGUAUGUUUUGUCAUUGAAAAGCUUUUAUUGUGUAGACUGAAUAAACUAUAAUUUCUGCGUUUAUGUGACUUUCAUAAACAUGUGUAGUUUAAAAGUGGGUGUGAAAAGAAAGAAAAAUAUUAAACACAAGUGAAGAAACUCUUGGAACUGCCAAAAAAUGUAGGUAGGGCCUGUAAACACUUUGUAUUGUGAUCUUAUGUAAAUAUAAGUCAAUAUUUACUGCAACCUAAAUAUCAACUGUGUUGAUAAAAAAUGCCACCAUUUUUAAGGAAGAAGUCAGGAAAAUCUUUUCACCAGUUAAAAGUUUGCACUUUAGACGCAGAGUUGGAAUUUAAUUUGGAGUGGCGUGCAACAGGAAGAGAUUUAUUUGAUCUAGUUUGUCGAACAAUUGGGUUACGAGAAACUUGGUACUUUGGUCUUCAGUAUGAAGAUUCUAAAGGUUUCAUUUCAUGGCUCAAACUUGAUAAGAAGGUUCAGGAUCAGGCAAUUUUUCAACAGCCAGGUACAACAGCAUUCAUGUUCCUUGCCAAGUUUUACCCAGAAGAUGUUGCUGAAGAAUUGGUUCAAGAGGUGACACAACAUCUAUUUUUUCUGCAAGUAAAGAAGCAAGCAAUUUUGUCAAUGGAUAUAUAUUGUCCUCCAGAGGCCUCAGUUCUUCUCGCUUCAUAUGCGGUUCAGGCUAAAUACGGUGAUUAUGAUGAAGCAACAUACAAGCCAGGGAUGUUGGCAAGUGAAGACCUACUUCCUCAACGUGUUAUAGACCAAUAUCAAAUGACACCAGAAAUGUGGGAAGAUAGAAUUAAAAUAUGGUAUGCAGAUCAUAGGGGGAUGUCAAUGAGAUGAAGCUGAAAUGGGAGUACUGAAAUUGCACAAGACUUAGAUAUGUAUGGAGUUAAUUAUUUUCCAAUUAGUAAUAAGAAAGAUACAGAUUUAUGGUUAGGUGUUACUGCUUUGGGACUUAAUAUGUAUGAGAAAGAAAACAAACUUACUCCAAAGACAAGUUUUCCUUGGUCAGAAAUUCGUCAUGUCAGCUUUGAUGAGAAAAAAUUUACAAUCAAACCAGUUGACAAAUCAGCUCCUAACUGUGUAUUUUUUUCUAGAAAAGUUAGAAUGAAUAAAUUAAUUUUGGAUCUGUGCAUUGGCAAUCAUGAUCUGUUUAUGAGAAGAAGAAAACCCGAUUCAAUGGAAGUUCAACAAAUGAAAACUCAAGCAAAAGAAGAAAAAACUCGGAGGCAAAUUGAACGUAACAAGUUGGCUCGUGAGAAACAAUUACAAUUAACACGUAAAACAGCUGAAAGAGAGAAAGCUGCUAUGGAACAAAGAUUACUGCAAUAUCAAGAAGAAAUUCGUUUAGCCAAUGAAGCCCUACGUAGAUCAGAAGAGACAGCUGAAUUGCUUGCUGAGAAAUCUCGAGUAGCUGAAGAGGAAGCUAUGCUUUUGAGCCAAAAAGCUGCAGAAGCUGAACAAGAAAUAACUCGCAUCCGUUUAAACGCGCUCAAAACUGAAGAAAGAGAAGGUCUAUUAGAACGCAAAACUAGAGAAGCUGAACAGUUGACAGCUCGUUUAGUUUGAUGAAUCAGAGAGGCGUGUGCUGCUGAGGCAAAUAGAUUAAAAGAUGAACUACUUCGAGCAAGGCUUGCAGAGAAACAAGCCAAAGAAAAACUGUUAGAAUUUCUUUCAAGAAAUGCUUAUAUUUCAUCUAGUCUAUCAACACUUUAUCCAGAACCUGAAGAUCUUUAUAGUUCUGCAAUGCUUGAUUUGCAGGCUUUACAGCUUAAUACUAAACCUUCACUAUCCAAUUCUGAUAUAUCAUCAUAUGAUUUAAUAGGUUUACCAGACAAUGAUAUGAAACAGUUGUCCUUAGAAAUUGAAAAAGAGAGAGUAGAAUACUUGGAAAAAAGUAAACAUCUACAAAAUCAACUUAGAGAUUUGCGUUCAGAAAUAGAGGUGUUAAAAGUUGGUGAAAAACAAAGUGAAUUGGAUGCUUUACACAAUGAGCAAGUUAGAAUGGGAGAAAAUAAAUAUUCAACAUUAAAAAAAGUUAAGUCAGGCUCUACUAAAGCAAGAGUAGCAUUUUUUGAGGAGCUGUAACUUAAUAGUAACACCUUAUUCAUUUAUUGAGCAAUAUUGCCCUACUGAUUCUUAAGAGAGUUUCAGUUCAAGACUUCGGAGUACAGCCUUAAUUAAAAAACAUUCUGAGAUAACAUGUCAUAUGAUGACUUUAGGAGAGCCUUGAUCAGUUUCAUGAACAGCACAAUAUAACCACACUGGCUAAUCAGAUUGGACAAGUUGGAUCAUCCAUUGUUGUAAAUAAGAAAUGUUUAUAUUUAAAACUUGUUGACAUUAUGCUUAAAUGGCUAGUAAUACAUUUUACAUAACUAUUAACUGGUAUUUAUUAUCGUGCCUGAAAUUUUGUCAACUUCAACUGAGUAGUAAAAUAUGUCAUUGUAUGUUUAAACUGAAAAAAAUGUUUUCUAAUGUUAUACAGAAUAUGACUGUAUGGUCAUUCAAAUUUUAAUUCAAGAUUCCUUUAUUGCCUGAAAUAUAAUCUUAUAGUAUUGUGUAGGCAUAGAUAUUAUAUAGUGUGUUUUGGCUACAUAAAUAAUUCUAACUUUACCUGCAGUUAAGAAACUACACAAAAAUGAAAAAAAAUAUUCUUUGACUGGUUAAAAUUAACUAGGUCUAAUGCUAACAUCACCAUAUUACAUCCAUUUAUACUGUAAAACAAAAGCCGAGAACUUUUAACCACUUUGAGUUGGUAUCACACAAAAGUUUUGUCUGAUAAGAUAAUACACUUAUGAAAUGGUCAAGGAAUUUUAUUAUAUUUAACUUAAAACUAAUAUUUUGGGCAAAACUUCAAGAAGGAAAGAAUUUAUGAGAUUUACUCAAUGUAUUGUUGUAUAAUGAUGUAUAUUAUUAUGACAGUUACAAAUCUUAUGGAUUUUUAUUCAUACAUAGAAAAAAAGACACACACACGAGUUUCGUGUGACUUCUAAUCUAUUAAAAAGGUAUUACAGUAUGCUUAGUUAGAGCUCCAUGUUCUAUAAAGAUGUUAAUAGUAUUAAUUUAUUUAUUCCAUUAUAGGAAUUCUGAAUUUUAUUUAAAGUGUAUUUAUUAAUUUAAUUUCUUUAAUCCAAUACAUGUGAAUUGUUUCGUACAGUAUCGUUCUUGGUAUGCCUGUUGAUUCCUCAGAUGACAAUAGUAUUAUGGUUUUAUUUAAGUGAACAAUUAUCCAUUUAAAUGAAAUAACUGCUUAUUACCAUCAUCUUUAACAUGCUGGUGGCUUCAUUAAUACAUUAUAAUUGCUACAGUUUCCACUUAUAUAGAAAUAGUAUGAUAUUUUUAAGGUAAUUUAAAUUUAAGAACCAUUUUACAUUAUGUUCUUAAAUGUCGCCAACCAGAUUAAAGUACCACAUUAAAAGAUGAGCCAUGCUGUAUUAACUCCUCUGUUACCCCUUUUCCCCCUCUUAUGCUGUCAUUGUAUUCUACGUCUUGUUUUAACUUUUUUCGUUAUUAUCUUACUAGGCUGCAGAAGUUUUGCCGUGUUAAUUGCAUUAUAAAUAAUAUUAUCAUCGUUUUUAAGUUUAUUUUGCUAUUCAGUUUUAAAUAUAACAAAAAAACUUAAGAUAAAAUAGUUAAAUUUGCAGCAAGUUUUAAGAGGAAGGUACUAUGAAUUAUUAGAUGUGCAUGUUGCACUGAAACACCAACAUACAGUGGUGUGAGUUCCAAUAAUCUACACAAUUCAAACAUACACCAUUAGCACAAAAAUUAUGCUUAUUGUUUUUUACAAACAUUUCUUUUGGCAAGCGUUAUUUUUUAAAACAAUAUUGUUUGGAGUGAUAAUUGACAUAUUUGUCGUCUCACAUAGUCACUGAUGAAAUAAAAAAAAGAAAAGUAUUUUAGGUUGUUUUCUAAUUGUAAUCAUUAAGAACCAGCUUUUAUGUAUAGCAGUUUGGAAUUUUGUUCUACCACUGUGGUUUGCCUUUUAAACCAGUUUACCCCCCUAUAUUUUGUAAAUAAAAUUUUGUGGGAUAGUUUGUUUUAAAGUUAUCCACCUAUAUAAAUCCAUCUGAAUUUUAGUUUUUCUCAUACAAUUACAAUUUAAAAUUACAAAUUUGUUUUAUUAUAUUAUAUUUUAAAAAGUUUAUUAACACUUAUAAACAAGUUAGGAACGCUUAUAUGCAUGUAGCAUAUAAUCAUAUGUUUGAUAUGAAACAUUUCAAAAAUCGGUGACUAAGAGAGUAAAGUAAGUUUUUUAAGCUUUUUCCAUUGUUCCUUUGAAACAAACCUCAAGGUUUUUUUAGAGCAGCUGUUUGUUAACCAAAUCCCGUAUUUUUAGGAAUAUGUAGCAUAUUUAAAUAUCAUGCUUUUCAUUAUAUUCCUGCUCUUUACAAAUUAUGACAUUCAAUUGUGUGAAAUUGCCAUUUUUGUAGAGAAGGCAAAUUAAACCAAUGUUACAACUGGAUUUCAGCAAAAAUUUAUUAUUUAUAUAUUGAGGUUAUACUUUUGUAUAUGAAUCAUUUAACAACAUUAUGUUGUAUAUGGGUUAAGCAUUGGGUUUUUGACAAACUAUUGUACUUAAAGGAUUGAGAUUAACUAUUUUCCCACAUAAACAUUUUAAUAGUCUUAAAUACAUUUUUAACUCUAGAAAGGAGAUUUUAAACCUUGUAAGCAAUGGAUUGAAAUAAAAUGUUUUAUCUAUAUUGUGGGUCUUGUUUAGCUUUGUUUAAUGUAUGAAAACUGAGAUUAAAAAAUUAUCUUAAACAGUAUGACAUCCUGUGUAAUUUAUUAGUGUUUAUAGCUAAAGUGCCUGUCAUAAUAGUAGAAAGAUAAAUUUACAGAUGAUCAUUCUAGACAAUGAACGGAUUUACUGUAAGUGGUGGGUAAAAUAGUAGGUGAAGCAUUAAUGUUGCUGAAUGAAUGGCUUCAUGUAAAUAUAUGAAGGAAAUAAUGUGUCAGGGUCUGGAAAUCAAGAAAAGUCUCCCAUUAAGAAAUAGUGGAUACAGAGAUCCACCAAAAAAAUAUUGAGAAAAUUAUCUCCUAGAAAUCGUAUUAUGAACCACUUUUUACAUCGAUAUACAACUUAGUGCUAAUUCCCCAAUUUGGGAAAGAGGCAACAAUUGCUCUCCGCUAACCAUCAUAUUUUUUUGAUAAGACUUCAAUUGAAAAUGCUGAAUAAAUAUUUCAUUUUUUACAAAAGGGAGAGGCUGAUACCUCUUUAAACCUUAUUCUGCUCAUCGUCAUGAGCCACUGGCCUGUGCAAGGAUCUUAUGAAUGACUGAGAGUGAAUACAUUACAAGGUCGAUGGUACUGAUAAAAAGUCCGAUGGCCACCUACACGAUUUGAACCUGCACUACUUCUAACUCAGAUUCAAAGUCCGAUGUCUUAGACUGUUCAGCCAUUGGCACUCAUUUGAUUUUGUUAAUUAGGUUAGGAGUAGGUCUAUCAUGAUUCAGAAUCAUUUAUUUUCAUGAAUGGCCGAGUAGAAAAGUGAUUACUUAUUAGACUUUUAAUAAUGCACUGAGCCAUUGAUACAGAUGUUAUUAAAAGUCACUGACAUUUUUAAAGACUAAAUUAGUAUAAUCACGUUCACUACUCAUGAAAUGCUCUGAGCACUACAGUAGGUGCAAGAACACACUGUUAAAAGUGGGCCUAAAAAUUGAGGGGACUCGAUUACUCCUACCCAUUCAAGCUAGCAUCCUGUUGUAUAUUUCUUGAGGUUGUUUCCUCCACCAUGCCCCUCACAUUCCAAGCCAUUGAGAGUAUGUUUCGUUUGCUGAACAUCCAAUCGAUGCUGUGACAAUCGCUUGACUAGAGCUGAGAUUGUUUGAAUUGUGCAGAAAAUAGAAAUGCAUUCAACCAUUACUUCUAUUAUGUUCUAUAUGUUUUGUAGGUGAAACGCUCGUUAUUAUAAGUGACUAAAGCUAAUUUAUUUAUUUGACAUACUGCCAUAUAUUUUAUGAAUAAAUACCUAACCUCUCUCUUAGAUUUACUGAAGCACUUGCUUCAUACCACUGCUCACCACUGGUAUACAUGAAAAACUUGAAUGGUAGGGGUAUCAAAGUGAGAAAUGUCAUCAUAUUACCUUUACUGAUAUCUUGUUAAAUAAAAUCUUGCUUUUUACUGGUUAAGAAAGUGUUUUAUUUGUUUUUUUUUCUUUUACCCAAUCCUGAGAAACUCAGGUCUCAUGCUAGAGCAUAUGCUAAGCUGAAAGGGAAGAACUAUUAUUAGUUGAUCCCUUGUAGAAUAAGAAAUGCAUUCCAAUUUUGGAUUGGAGUUCUGAACAUGGCAGAAAAUUAACUUGUUUGUAUUUAGAAUAUCAAUACAUACCAUGAUCGUAAAAGUAUAUGCUAUUAUGUAACAUUUAUUUUAUUUUUCAUUCUAUUCAUGUGCAUAAAUAUUUACAGUACAAUUGGUACCUAAUUAGUAUAAUAUUGUAUCAUUGUUAUGAAAUUAUUUUUGUUUAAUUAGAUCCUGCUUACUCCUUAGUCCUUGGUUUAAAUUUUAUUCACAAUGGAUGAUUUAAAAGUACAACAUGAUUUUGGACAGAUGCCAUUAUUGUAUGAGUUACAAAAAAUAGAACAGUAUAUUUAGAAGAUUGGAAGCUACCUUCUCUUUCAGGAGUCAUAAAACCUUAAUGUAUAAGAUAAAGCAAGCAAAAAAAUUAAAAAUUCAAUGAGUUCUCACUACAUUUUGAUUAAUUUUUGUUGUGUAACAUCAUCUCUUAAUGUUUUUAUACCUGGAGAAGAGAUUGGAUUACAAUCCUUAAAACAGUGUUCUAUUUUUGUAACAUACUUCUAUGUAUGAAAAACUAGAACAGAUUUGGAUUAGAGUUGAAUAGUGUGGAGUAAGUUAGAACAGGUUGAAGUAAGACCGAUUGUUAAGAAAUGUGCAAUGUACAUCUCAAAUAUCACACUCUUAUAAUGUACCACUAUAAACAUAUGUAUAAUGAUAUAGUGAUAAAUAUUAUAUUAUAUUGUGAUGUUUAUGUUUUGCAUAACCAGUAAUGUUUCAAGUUUCAUCAUUUUUAAGGGCUAUGUAAUUUUAUAAAUCAAAGUAAUGUAAUGUAGACCUAGAGAUCUUAGGUUGUAGAUGUGACAAAAGUAUAAGGCUGUGGUAGCUACUGUGUAAGUUAUAGUUCUAUUGGUGCCUCAAGAAGUUUUAAAGUUUUAUUUUUAUUGUCAUAUUUUUAGUUUCUUUUAAUCUUAGUUCCUAAUUACAGCGACUAUCAUAUUAGUCUAAGAAUACCGCUUAGCAAUAAGAUAAAAACUGUAUGUAGCUAAAACCAUGUCAUUUAAAAUACUGUUAAUAUGAUUAUAGUGUAUAAAUAGGUAAACAAAUCUACAUAGCUGAGUUUUAAAACUUUUAGAUAUUACUUUACAUUUCAUAGUGUAUUUAUUUUUUGUUAAAAUGUUGUUUAUGUGAUUGCAGUUAGAAACUUAUGUUUAUGGUUAUGAAAAGAUUGCAUCUUUUUGUAAUUUACUUCUUAGUUUAUUUUCAAUUUUAAAAGCUUUACAAAUUACACAAUACGUAAAUGUUUUUGGGCACAUUCACCAAAUUAAAGAAUGAACGCUCUAAAAUGUGAUUUUAAAGUGCAGAAAACAUCAUUAUUACAGUACAGUAAAUUAUUUGAUAAAAAUAUUAAAAAUUAAUUGAUAAAAUAAAAUCAGUUUUAACCCUUUUAGUGCCAUGUGAUUUUUGGAUUUCAGUGUCCAAAAAUGUAAAACUUGAAACUGUUUCUGUGCAGAGAUUUGUAGAUAGGAGAACCAUGUUGAUUAUUUUGGUUUUGAUUCAUCUGAAUCUUGUAAUUACCUUAUUGUGACUCAUUAGAUUUAAAUAUUAAUUUUUUUUUAUUCUCAAAAUUUACUCAAAAUGACAUGUAAUAUUUACUGCUUCUGCAGUUUUGUGCUUGAUAGCAAUCUACAAGAACAAUUUAAGCUGUGGCAGAUUUUAACCUUAGAGGACAUCUUCUCAUACACUGUUAUAAUAUCAAUGCUUUAAUUCAAAAACUAAUUAUCAACCAAAACACAUUGAAAUGUAUUUUCACUUAAAACAAAUAAUUCACUGUUUUACACAGUAAUACAUUCACUAACUAAUACAAAAAAUACAGCUAAUAUGACAAGUGGCAGUAACAAACGUAGAGGGCGGAGUUAGAUCUUCAUAUUUAUUGGCAAAUAACAACUGUCAUGAUUUUUAUAAAUAACACAGAGGUAGAGGAUUUUAGUAAUAUUGAGUAAAGAUCCAUGACAUGCAUAUCUGGAGAAGAACCUUAAUGAAUUUCAGGUACUGCAAAAUAUAUUAAGUGUCAGUUCAAAAUAAUUUGAUUUAGUAUGUCUAGUUGUCUGGACAUUGGCAAUUCUGAUUAGUGAUAAAUUGGCACUUAAAGGUUUAAAGAUGUUUGGAUCAAAUUAUCUUUAUGGUCAAGUAAUUCAUGGAUACUCCCAAUAAGAAAUUACAGAUAAUCUAUUCAGUGAUAUUAAAUUAUGAUGCUAUUUUGAAAUUACUGAAUUAAAUAUUUUUGUCCUGAGAAAUUAAAAUAUAUUUAUCUUCUUAAAAUUUGUUCUGAUUAAAACAUAUUUCAUUGGCAAGUAACAUGAGUAUUAUAGAGUAAUAUUGUUGUAAACGUAAUGAUAUAAUAUUUACUUAGUAUUGUGUAGGUCAUAUUUGGAAAGAAUAUACAGACAUUAAUAGAUUUAGUUCUUUUUUUAAUCACCAUUUGGUGUUAUUAUUUAAAUAUGUUAUUGUAGUUAACAUUUGGUUUAACAACAACCUGUACUUUCCUGAAUAACAUGUCAUCAAUCUUACUUUCAAUUAAAUUAAUAGCUUCAGUUCAUAUUAGUCUGAGUUCACUUUGAUUUUUUUAUGAUUUGUAAAAACUGAAUAAUGUUCUUGGACCAGAGUGUCCUCUAUAUAGACACGCAUGGACUUUGUAAGGAUAUAAUGGAUUAAAGGGGAUCUGGCCAAUGUAAGGAUUAAAUAUCAAGGUUUUGAUUCAAAAUAUUCAUAGGACUGUUUUAUAUCUUUAGAAUAGUUCUUAUAUUGUAUUGUGCCUUUAAACUAAAUAUAGUGCCUUUUCAUUGAUAUUUUAUUUUCUGAUGUCAAAGUGCUCUUAGAUUCUUGAAAUGUUCAUUAUUUACUUUGGCAUAAAGUGUUGUUAGAAGUUUCAAUGACAUUGAAAAAUAGAACUGUUAUAAUUUUGUCUUGCUUUAGUAAUGAUAAUGUUUUUAAAUUAAAUUCUCAUAUUUGUAUUUAUCAGUCUAAAAUGAGUUGCAGAGAUACUGCACUGCAUUGUUGGUAUCAAUAAGUGGAGUAUUAUGAUAGAUUUCAAUAACUUUCUGUUAAGUUGUUAGUUUUUAUUUUUAGAUCAAUUUUAAUUUUAUAGAAAAUCAUAUAAUUUAAUGUAUAUUUGGGUUUAUGUUCACUCAUAUGUAUAUAUGAACAUUUAUCUUAUCAUGAUAUAGUAGUUGAAAUUAUUGAGUUUCUAUUUUGUAAAAAUAUUAUAUAAAUGCCAAUAAAUUAAAACAUGAAGUUUACCA